AUGACUCUGGCCGCCGUUGACUCGGAAAAGAAAGGCGAGCGACCAACCCAACUUUGUUUCCUGACCUCUCCCCCGGCUUCUCUCGACUACACCAUCCCUCACACACACACAGCACCACGACAGACCAGGGCACAGCAACGACAGCGACGAAUCGACUCCACUGCACGGAUGAAGUCUAGACAAACGCUCCUCCGGAGAGCCCCUCUCCAGAGGCAACCGCUCCAACAUCACCGAUCAUUCUCCCUCUACUACCCCAAGUCCCCGCCCGACCCGCGCGGCGGCCAGCGCUCAGCCUCGACCUCGGCUCAGUCCACCGACUGGCUCGGAUGGAUCAAGAAGGCCCCGAUUCCUGUUAUUGGCAGCGGUGGCAACGAUGAGCAUGCUCGGAAGGCGCUUAUCUUCGCUGGUCUUGCAUCCGAAGCUCUCCUCAACCCCGAUGCGACGCUUGGCUACUGGGACUACGGCAUGGAGGAGUUCUCAUCCUCGAUUGCGCAGGGCGGCGGUGGCCGCGGUAUCCGUGGCUGGCUUCGAGGCUGGGUCGAAGGCCGAUCUCUGCUCAUGAAACGCGCCGACGUCACGGCCCCGUUCAUUCUGACCUCAUCGCUGGCGAUCCUGGCCUCGGAGCAGGAGCGCACAGGCCACUCUUCUAUUUUGCCGGCGGGCACCAACUAUCUCGCUGGCCACGGGUUCAUCGGAACGCUGACUGCGCUCGUUGCGGCUGGGCGGCUAGACCUGCCGACGGGCGUGCGGCUCGCGCGUAUCUACGCCUCGCUGCCGGCUUACCCCAAGAACGUUGACCCGGUCAAGGGCUCGAAGCGUUUCCUCACGACAGCCUUAUCGGCAAGGCACUGGCACUCGCUGUCGAGCCCUGACAUGUUCAUCCCCUUUGAGUCGCCCCUUGCGGCCGACCCUACGGACGAGCCCGAGCGGCGGCGAAGGGCGAUGCAGCUGAUUCUGGACGAGGUGCACUCGCUCCAGCACGAGUGGGAGAUCGAGGGCCAGGGCGACUGGGCCGAGGCGGGCAUCAUCAACAGCUCCAAGGUCGUGAUUGUGACGGGCACGACGCUGGCGGUGGAGAGCCUGAUCUCGCGCCUGCAGGAGCUCGGCGUCGCGAACCCGGUCAUGGAUGUGAACAUGCCGUGCCCGUACCACACGAAGCUGAUGGCGCACGCCGUGCCCGAGUUCUCGGCCACGCUGCAGCGGAUCAUGUUCAGCCCCGCGUCGAUCGACAGUCCCCACGUCCUCGACCCGAUCACGACGCGGCCCAUGGUCGGCCCUCCCGCGGCCGCGCUCCAGACCCAGCUCUGCCACCAGCUCCGGUGGCACAAGACGCUGACGCGCAUCUACAACCAGCCGUCGCCGCCCGUCGACCAGUUCCUCACCGUCGGCCGCGGCGCAAAGGGUCUCGGCAUCAUGCUCAAGGGCGAGCUGAAGCGGCGCCCUGAGGGCGCACCCCCCAUCACUGUGAGCGAGUACGGCGUCAAGGAGGUGCAGGACCCGCGUGUGCUCAAGAUGCUCGCGCGGCGGUCGGCGUCGGGCAUGUGA